UGUCAGAAUUAUUGAAUUAAGAAACAAGAAACAGGACUCAUGACUCGUCUAAUCCCUGUCCGUGGCUCUUCCCUCACCCCUUUCAUUUCCUUGAUCUGGCGUUCAAUCCUGGUCCAAGUACCUGCUCCUUCAACUCACGCUCGACUCACACCCGCAACGUCUACUUCAAUUGUCUUUUGAGAAACAACUCCCGCAUCGCAGCUAGAAGUCCCGCCGUCCGCGUAACACCGCUUCCAUACCUGCAUCCUCAGGCUUAUAGACCGGAAGAGCAACCGCCGGGAGGCUUGUUCAGCUGUGGUUCAUUCAUCACUGCCGCCGUCAGCAUCCACAACUACUUUGCCCGAGGUAUAUCAAGGGAUCCAACAUGAACAUCCGGGAAGCGACCGUCGAAGACUUGCUGGGCAUGCAGAAUUGCAACCUGCACAACUUGCCCGAAAAUUACACGAUGCGAUACUAUUUCUACCAUGCUUUGACCUGGCCUCAGCUGUCGUACGUCGCUCAAGAUCCAAAGGGCAGGAUAGUAGGGUACAUUCUUGGCAAGAUGGAGGAGGAGCCAGCAGAUGGCGUACCGCAUGGGCAUGUGACGAGCAUCAGCGUACUUCGAUCUUAUAGGAGAUUAGGAUUGGCCAAGAAGCUCAUGACACAGAGCCAGGAAGCAAUGCGAGAUGUUUUUGGGGCGAAAUACGUCUCACUACACGUCAGAGAGACAAAUAGGGCGGCGAUUGGUCUAUACAGGGACACGCUGGGCUUCGAGGUCCAUGAGGUCGAAAAGGGCUACUAUGCUGAUGGGGAGGACGCGUACGCCAUGAGAUUGAACUUUUAACUCGACUCAAUGCAAAUGCGCAAUUUCAAGCAAGAUGGUUCUGUCACAAUUUGCUCACAGCUAUUCGUUGAGAGGUGUGCAUUGGUACGCUUAGCAAUCCGCUCAAUUCGGCAUGAAUGAAUCGGAACAAGGAGGCUCGAAUCACAUGGUUGCGCAGCUUACUGUGCUGGCAUGUUGAAGAGCAUGUUGUUGCCGUGAGGCAGAUAUGUAACGUUUCGCGCGCCGCUGAGGGUGGAGGCGAUCUGCUUGGAGGCUUCAAUGCGACGCAGCGUUAGCA